UCACGUGCUCUUGUCGCCAGGGGUAGCGGGGCCUGGUGACCGCGACAUGUCUGAGGCGGCGGGAAUCGAGCUGGUCAUCGACCAGGAAGCGGAGUCCAAAGCUCCCCUGUGCCCACACGGUCCAACUCUGUUGUUUGCAAAGAUAAAUCGUAAGGAGCAAGAAGCCAGGAGGUUUUAUGCCUGUGCAGCCUGCCGAGACCGAAAGGAUUGCAAUUUCUUCCAGUGGGAAAAUGAGAAAGUAUCAGUCGCCAGGCAAUUAGCAAGAGAAGAAUUUAAUCAAAGCCGACAGUCACCAUUUACCCACAAGCAAUACGUGGAGAGAUAUCAGCAGUUUGUAUCUUUACCCUUGGCAAAAAGGGUAUUCUGUUUGGAUUGCCAGCUUCUGUUGCUGCCUGGGGAGUGGAGUGAACACACAUCCCAUCACCGGCUGGGGGAUGUUUCUCUUCAUCAGCUGAAAAGACCCAGCCAUUUGCUGCUCCCACUUGAAAACAAAAAGACCAAUGCUCAGUACCUGUUUGCUGAUCGCACUUGCCAGUUCUUGUUGGAUCUAAUUGUUUCCUUGGGAUUCAGAAGAGUGCUGUGUGUUGGAACACCACGGCUUCAUGAGCUAAUAAAGCUGCGCCAAUGUGAAAAGAAGAAUCCAGUUAUAAAGAGUCAGCUGCUGGAUAUUGAUUUCAGGUAUUCCCAAUUUUAUUCAGAAGAGGAGUUCUGCCACUACAACAUGUUUAAUCAUUAUUUCUUUGGAGGAAAGUCUGCCUUUGAAGGAUUUCAAACAUUCUUGUGUCAGGACAAUGGAGAGUCUGUUAUUAUGGUGACUGACCCACCAUUUGGGGGCCUGGUGGAGGCGCUAGCUCACAGUUUCAAAAAGAUUGUUAAUGUGUGGAAGACAUCACGGAAUAAAGAUGAUGAAUUACCAAUAUUUUGGAUUUUUCCAUACUUUCUUGAACCUCGCAUUCUACAGUGUUUUCCAAACUUCAGCAUGCUUGAUUACCAGGUGGAUUAUGAUAACCAUGCACUCUACAAGCAUGGGAACAGUGGUCGGAAACAAUCUCCCGUGCGCAUAUUUACCAACCUUCCACCUAAAGCCAUCGUAUUGCCCGCAGAAGAAGGAUACAGGUACUGUUCAUUUUGUCAGCGGUACAUAUCCUCGGCAAACAGACACUGUGAGAUAUGCCAAGCUUGCACAUCUAAAGAUGGAAAGGAGUGGAAGCACUGUCACAUCUGCAACAAGUGUGUAAAGCCAUCUUGGUUUCACUGUGAAACCUGCAGUCGUUGUGUCCUUCAGGAUCAUUCUUGUGGUGUGGCUGGAAGUGGAUGCUUUAACUGUGGAAGUACUGAGCAUAAACGUAGAGAAUGUCAUGAUGCAGCAUUCCAAAACAAGAUCACUGACAAGUCAAAGCCACGUAAACGAAAAUCUUUGGAAAUGAAUGAAGAGGGUACCGCAAACAAAUCCAAGCAACAAGGCCAAGAAAGGAGUAUGGGAAAGAAGAAAACUUUCAAACGGAUAACUGUGAAAUCAAAAAGAAAGCAGAAGAGAAAGAAUAAACAGUGAUGUCGGUGACUGACUGUGUGCACUGCUAAAUAAUGAGGCUUUCCUGGAUGUACACAGUCCAGUUUCAGCCUUCGCAAGAACAGUAAGCCUUAGAGGAUCUUUAAUUCACUGAGAAAGUUGGUGAAGUACAUCUUUGUACAACUCUUCCAUCACUAGUUUUCCCUGCAGUGCUUCUGAAUGAUCACGCCUUGUUUACUCACAAUGACAUACAGAAUAAUGAUGUCUCUACCAGUCUGAAAGCAUGCCUGAGAACACUUGCAUUGAAAUAAUUUAACUGAUUUUGGAAAUUCUACCAAAGAUACAAAACCAUCUUCAUUUAUUGUGUUCAUCCAUGAGUGUAAAAACCUGAGUAAAUGCAUCAGAAUUGUGAAAUAUCUGAAUGUACAUUUUCACUUUAUUAACACAAUUGUUUUGAAAUGCCCAAUUCAAAUUUGAAGCAUAUUUUUCUAAAUGUACUGUUUUAAAUGUAAUUUAAAUGAAAAGUUCUUUAAAGUAUGAUCUUUUCUUUAUAGGGAGUUGUCAAUAAAACAUAAAUUCUAAUUCUCUUUUUAAUUUUGCUUUCUUGUAAGUAAAGCAGUUUAAAUAGUUUUGGACCUUGUCACAUAAU